GGUGUACCGGAUCGACAACAUAGAGUAAUAAUAAGAUGGAGUAGAAGUAGACAAGAAAGCUGAUUUGGUAUGGCAAUGUAGUUAUGGCGAAUUUAAGACAAAAUCAAAUUUUAACGAAGUAAAACGAGUUUUGUACUUAUGGUUUAAUAUAUGCUAAUAGUUUAUAUAACCAAAGAAGCCAAUAGCGCUCGUUCGGCUGCGAUGCUUCAGUUGCAAUUGGUAGCAGACCAAAAGCGAACGUUAACUAUUGAACGCUUACCUUCGGAGAAGAGAGCCACCUUAAAACACUUAAAGUGUCUGACCUUGGAAAUACAUCGGCAGAAAUAUGUCUGAAAGUUCAAGAAAAAGGAAGCGCAAGAGGUCCUCCAAAGAAGAGGAGACAUCCAAAGAUCAACAAACGAGUGACGGAUCCAAGAGCAAACACAAUGAAAAACGACACUCGAGAUCUUCUACAAAACAUAGAGAAUGUACUUCUCAUGUUGAAGAGGAAAGUCGCCAAAUCAAAAAGGCUGUAUACAAACGCUGCGCAAGAGAAGAAACGGGCAAGAGACAGGUGAUUCAGGCAUAUGUGGCCCAUUCUAAGCCAAAAAGUACCUCUCUUUCGAUCCACCCUGAUUACCCCCAGAAAGUGGAGUCUAAUACCGUAAAAGAUAAGGUUACCAGUGGUGGUAAAAUAAAGGAAAGGUGUCCAUCAAGAUCCCAGAACAUCAAGAAUUCAGAUACAGAUGGUUGGAAAGAAGAAAAAGACUCAAAAUAUAGUUUGGAUGAAAAGGCUCACCAUAUGAGCCCACCAAGAUUAAAAAAGCAGCAAACAAGUCCCAGCGAUGUUUCAGAAGAGCGAUGGAAACACCGCCAGUAUUUGCCGAAGAGUAAAGAUAAAGAAUUGCACAAGAAUCGAAAUGAGAGCAAGACAAUCAAGACCAAAGAACAAAUCCAGACCUCUCUUCACUCCAAGUACUCUAUAAGGGCCAAGCAAAGAGAGAUAAUCAAAGAGACAUGUCAGGAAAGUCAGGAAUUGUUGGUAAAAGAAAAAGAAAGCCGAGAUCCAAAAACAUCUACAGACUUCACAGAACAGUUUUCUCUUUCAACCAAGGCCAAAGUGUCCUUUGAAUUUGCAAAGUCAUCAUUUUCUCGGCCCAAAAUACCAUCACCUGUACUUUCCAGUUUCAAGAUUCCGAAGAAGGUUAAACCAGAGCUUGUUGAGGUGAACACAAGUGACAAGUGUGACGUUCCCUCUACAAGCAGGACUGCCACAUGUACAACUGAGCGCACUGUAAGAAAAAUUGAGAGUACCGGUAUAUCUUUUUCAAAUGUCCCUCCCACUACACGCGAUGUCAGCGCAGAGCAGACAAGUGAGCAGAUGCAAGUGGCAGAAGAGCUUCAACUUGCCCGGUUUGAAAGGAGAUUAGAGGUGGAUGUAAUGCAGAGCUAUGGAGAGCUCACCUGUAUGGACAUAGACCCCCCAGAGGAGAGAGCUACACAUAGUCUCUGCAAACAAUCUGCUCAGCAAGAUGUAAUCCUUGUUCUGGACACCAAUAUUCUCCUCAGUAAUUUGGAUUAUGUGAAAAAGAUUCAACAUUGUGGCCUUGGAGCUUUAGGUUUGCCAAUUGUCCUGAUCCCCUGGGUGGUGCUGCAGGAGCUCGAUUCUCUCAAAAAGAGGAAAGGCCUCACAGAUUCUGUGGCUCAUCUGGCCUGUCCUGCCAUUUCCUACAUUUACAACUCUCUCAAAAGGCGAGAAAGUCACCUUUGGGGGCAGUCAAUGCAGCAGGCAGCUGCAAGUAACAAUAGUCUGAUGGCUGAGAAUAAUGAUGACAAAGUGCUGCAGUGCUGCCUACAAUAUCAGAGUUUGUACCCAGGCUGUGCUCUCAUCCUAUGCACAAAUGACAAAAAUCUAUGCAGUAAGGCUGUCCUUAGUGGGGUUAAGGCCUUGAGCAAGCUUGAUUUGGAGGAAGAGGUUGAGGGAUCAGGAUGCACCGUUAACCACCUACGAAGCACCGUCCUUCAGAGGCUUCCUCAAAUCGACACGCCAAUGCCCUUACCAAUGCCAAGAAGGAGUUCUACACCAGUGCUAUCUCAUACACAAGGACGUCUGUCUUUAUGUCUCCCAGAGGAAGAGAGAAAAAAUCCCACAGUGGAGGAGAAGGAGAACAUAAAAAGAUGUGUCUCUGAGUUUGAAAACUGCCUUCAGGAGGUUCUGUCCAAUGUGCUUGAGAUGGAGAUGAAAGCUACUUACGAUGAGUUGUGGCAAGAGAUCAUCUACAUAAAGCCGCCCUGGAAUCUUCUUGACAUUUUGCAUUGUUUGAAAAGGCACUGGAGAGCAGUAUUUGGCUUCAUCGUCCCACGAUCUUUGCUCCAAACAGUUUUAAAUCUCAUUGACUUCUUUAAACAAGGUCUAUUAAGAGAGCGCAGUUCUAUUUUGGUGACUCUCCAACAAGCGAAGGAGUUUGUCAAGGAAUUUGGGAAAAGGUCCAGCCAUGUUCCCAGAGCACUAAAUGAAAUGGACGACAUCGCCCACAAGCUAACACCUCAGCCUGAAUCAGCUGUCUGUGAUGUUGUCAUGAAUGAGGAUGACGAAGCCAAACGACCCCCUUCCUCUCAUGUCCCUCACCAUGAAGUCUGGGCCAUGUUUGAGAACAUUUGGUGUAAAGUCUGUGAAAUAAGCUUGGAAGUGUUCAAAGCUCUGGCCUUUGAUCCUCACGCCAGACAAAGUGCCUUGCCAGAAGGAGGUCCUGCUCCACUGCAGGACGCAGUUGUCUGUUUGGGCCAAGUGUCCUCCAUGGUCUCACAGCUGCUCCAAGCCUUCAUCAGUGUUCUGUCCUCUUCUGCGGGUUUGCAAGAAGUGCAGAUGCUUCUCACCACUAUCAGAUCCAAUAAGAUGGUUGACAUUAAUUCCAGACUGGCGGACACGGACCUUCUCAGUUGUUUCUUGCAGGAAGACUAUAGAGAGAAGCUGAGAGUUGGCGUGAACCAGCUGACAGAGCUCAAGGACGCCCUGGACCACUGUGUUCAGACCACGGGUCAGCACCUCAAUCUAAACAUGUAGACUUCACAGGACCAGUGAGUCCAGGUCCGGGUUGAGUCCAGGUCCAGGUUAUGCCUCAGGUUUGAUUGACAUCGCUGGUCCUCAUUUCACACUGGUUUCGAAUGCUCCCGCCAGAUUGUGUGAGUGCUUGGUGUGUUUACAUUGAGCUCAAAAAGGGUUCCAAAAUGGAAUCCAAAAUGCGCUCUUUGGUAGCUGGACGCUAUCUUUGAUUUGUCCGGGAUAUGUUGGAGUACAAGACACUUUAGUCUGUAGCAACCACUCUGCCACAGGUUCUGUUGUUCUUGUUCCUCAUCCACAUGACUGAAGGCCUGUUUAUUUGUUCAUAUUAGUUAUUUCAUGUAUUUUUGGACCAAAUGAAUGUAAUAAAUUCUAAAUAUCCAAA